AUGUCAGACGCACUCGCAGACCAGUUGAAGGGGACCUCUCUGAAGGAUCUGCUGAUGGGAAUCUUCGAGGCCGGUUUUGAGAAGCCCUCGCCCAUCCAAGAAGAAGCCAUCCCUGUCGCCCUGACCGGUCGCGAUGUCCUGGCCCGCGCCAAGAACGGCACCGGCAAGACCGCCGCCUUCGUUAUCCCCGCCCUCGAAAAGAUCAACCCCAAAGUCUCCAAAAUCCAGUGCCUCAUCCUCGUCCCCACACGCGAGCUCGCCAUGCAAACAUCUCAGGUUUGCAAGACUCUCGGCAAGCACCUCGGCAUCAACGUCAUGGUCACCACUGGUGGCACUGGCCUUCGCGACGACAUUGUGCGUCUGCAGGACCCCGUCCAUAUCGUUGUCGGAACCCCUGGCCGUAUUCUCGAUCUCGCUGGCAAGACCGUCGCCGACUUGAGCGAGUGUCCCAUGUUCAUCAUGGACGAGGCAGACAAGCUCCUGUCCAUUGAGUUUACUCCCGUCAUUGAGCAGUUGUUGCAGUUCCAUCCCAAGGAUCGCCAGGUCAUGCUCUUCUCCGCGACUUUCCCCUUGUCGGUCAAGGACUUCUCUGACAAGAACAUGGCCAACCCUUACGAAAUCAACCUCAUGGACGAACUCACUCUCCGUGGCAUCACCCAAUACUAUGCCUUUGUCGAGGAGAAGCAAAAGGUCCACUGCCUCAACACGCUUUUCUCUAAGCUGCAAAUCAACCAAUCUAUCAUCUUCUGCAACUCGACAAACCGUGUCGAACUGCUGGCGAAGAAGAUCACCGAGCUGGGCUACUCAUGCUUCUACUCUCACGCCAAGAUGGCGCAGCAGGCUCGCAACCGUGUUUUCCACGACUUCCGCAAUGGUGUGUGCCGCAACCUCGUGUGCUCGGAUCUCCUCACUCGUGGUAUCGAUAUCCAGGCCGUCAACGUUGUCAUCAACUUUGACUUCCCCAAAAACGCUGAGACGUAUCUGCACCGUAUCGGUCGAUCUGGUCGUUACGGUCACCUUGGUCUCGCCAUCAACCUGAUUAACUGGGAAGACCGCUUCAACCUAUACAACAUUGAGAAGGAUCUCGGCACGGAAAUUCAGCCCAUUCCUGCCAGCAUCGACAAGGCCCUGUACGUUUACGAGAACCCCGAGUCUAUUCCCCGUCCCGUGUCCAACUUCAGGACGGGCCAGGCUCAGCAGGCUCCCACCCAGGCGCAAGCACCUGGCCAGCAGCUCCAACAGCAGCAGCAGCUUCAACCCCAGCAGCCGCAGCAGCCGCAGCAGCAGUCUGGUUUCUCUGGCCCUGCCCAGGGCAACUGGCAGCAGCAGCAGAACCCCAACGGCCAGCCGAAUGGCUACCAGGGGCGUGGCAGGGGUCGUGGCCGCGGUGGCUACCAGGGCCAAAACCGUGGACGUGGUGGCUACCGCGGUCGCGGAGGUGGCGCGGGCGGCCAGGGCCAGCUGCCCCAGCAGGCCUAG